ACCUAUUCAAAAAUUUUAGUAAUAGUUAGAUUAAAUUAAAUUAUCCAGUAAUUUAUUUUUGGUGUUUUGCUUUGCUUGAAAAUAGAUGAUAAUCACUAUAUAUAAUUUGUAAAUUUAUAUAAGUGUGAAUUUAUCUAUAAAAGCACAUUUUAUGGACAACUUAAUUUAUCUAAUUUUAUAUUAACAUAAAAAAGUGUAAAAUCUAAGAAAAAAAAAAAUGAAGAAAUUUGCUAAUUUACUGCUGCUUACUAUUUUGAUAGUAAAUGCUCACAGUAACGAAUAAUCAGUGGGUACUUAUUCCUGUUUAUAAGAUGAAAUAGAUUUAAGUGAAAUAGUUCCCAAGGACUAUCUAGAAACUUUUGAUGAAAAGUAUGGGCACAGAAAACUAUAAUAAUAAGAACCUUAACCUAUUAGAAUUACUAUAGACUUCAAAGAGUUUGAUAAUCCUUUGAAUGGAGAUGGAAUGACUCCUAACAUAAAGGAAUAUUUAAAAAAAAUUAUGUAUGCUGCUCAGAUUUAUUUAUCUAAACUAAUUAAGGUUUACCCAAGAUAAAAACCUAUUAAGGUUAAUUACAAUUAAGAAUCAUGUCACGAUAUAAAACUACCUGAAAAUAUAAGAACUGUAGGUAUUGAAAAUUCUGAUCUACAUAUUUAUGUCUCAUACUCUAAUUAACCCAACACCUCAUUUUUGGCUAAUGCAAUAUGGUGUUAACUUGAUCCUAACCCUACUAUCGGAAGGGUUUUAUUUAAUAUCGGCAAAAUGAAUAUUGAUGAAUCAUCCACUUAAUCUUUCUAAGAUAACUUUUCAACCUCUUUACAUGAAAUUCUCCAUGUACUAGGUUUUUCUAGUAAUAGUAUCUAAUAUUGGAUUGAUCCUGAUACUAAUAAACCAUAUGGGGUAUCAAAUGUUAAUAAAGUGUUGAAAAGAGAGACAAGAUGGGAAAUAAAUAAUGUUGUUAAAGUAUCCUCUAAAAAUAUUUUAAAACUGUCAAGAAACUACUAUGGCUGUCCUUCAAUUGAUGGAAUGUAUCUUGAAAAUUAAGGUGGUGCUGGUUCUAUGGGUUCUCACUUUGAAAGAGAUUUACUUUCUAAUGAAUUCAUGACUGCUAGUAUAGUUUAUCGUACCUAUACUAUGUCCGAAUUUACUGCUGCUUUACUUCUUGAUACUGGAUUCUAUGCUGAAAUAAAUUCUAAUUUUCUCAAUCCUAUAUAUUGGGGUAAAAAUAAAGGAUGUGAUUUUUUCAAUAAGACAUGUUAAGCUGGUAAAGACUUCCCAGAAUUCCCAGAUAAUUCUGUUUAAGAAUCUUGUGAUUUUUAUUCUGAAGGUAUUGGAAGUCCAUAAAAUUAUGAUUUUUAUUCAUAAUGUAAAACCAUAUAUACAUUUAGCAACAGCUUUUGUUCUUCAGAGGAAUUUAAGCCUAAUGAAGAGUUAAGAUAAAAUACUGGUAAAGGAUCCAGAUGUUUUAGAUCAAAUGCAAAUGUCAGGGGUUAUGAAGUGUUAGAUAUGAAAGGAAGAUGCUUUAAAGCUUAAUGUGCAAGCGAUAUAUCAUCUAUUAAAGUUAAUGUUUGGGGUGAUGAAUAUGUUACUUGUAAAUAUCCUAAUCAAGUUAUUAACUUAGCUGAAUAAACUAAAACUACUUAAGGUACAAUGAAAUGUCCUCAUGAUUUUGACUUAUUUUGCAAUUUCCCUAAGUCUUGUCCAAAUAAUUGCUCUAAUAGUGGUGUGUGUAAUAAUGGUUAUUGUGUUUGCCUCAAAGGAUAUGCUGGAGCUGAUUGCUCUUAAAGAUGUCCUGAUGAAUAUGUCUGGGAUGGCAAUAGAUGUGUUUAAAAUUGUCCACGUGGAUAGUUUAAAAACUUCGAUAAUACAUGUAAACCUACUUGUCCUUAUAAAUAUUAUGGAGAUUAAUAAACAGGUAACUGUACUUUGUGCUCAGUAAACUGCUCAGCUUGCUUUGGUUCAGCUUCUAAUUAAUGUCUUUCUUGUAAUGAUGGCUAUUCCCUUUAAGGAAAUAAAUGCGUUGAAAAGACUUGUCAUUCAAGUUGUCAAUCUUGCUCAGGACCUAAUUCAAACUAAUGUACUUCAUGCCCUGAUGGAAAGUAUUUAGAUUCUAGAAAUACAUGUCAAUACUGUUAAUCGCCAUGUGAAAACUGUUUCAACUCAGCUACUGAAUGCACCACUUGCAGUUAGGGAUACUUUAUGGAUAGAUUUAGCGGAAAAUGUGUUUCUUAAAAUUCUUGUGAUAGUUCUUGUCUUGACUGCUCUGCUUUUAGAGAUCCUACAAAAUGCACUUCUUGUAGAGAUGGGUUUUUUGUUAAUAAUGAAGGAAGAUGCUAAAAAUGUGAUGAAUCUUGCUCUACUUGUUCUUAAAAAGCUGAUAGCUGUAUUAAAUGUGCUUAAGGAUGGGAAUAUAAUGCUGAAUAUAAAAGGUGUUUGAUGAAUUGCCAUGAAAGUUGUAGUGGGUGCACUAUAGCUUAUGAUUCAAAGGCUUGUAAAAGAUGUGCUUUUAAUUAUGUAAUGUUAAAUAAUUUGUGCGUUCCUUGCGAUAAAAAUUGCUAUGGAUGUAGUGGUGAUAUCAGAAAAUGUACAGAUUGUGUAAGAGGAUAUAAGUUAGAUCAAAGAACUAGCUAAUGUGUUCCUGCUUGCAAUUUAAAUGAAUUCUAAGAUAGAAAUGGUAAUUGCUAAAAAUGUUAAUCCCCAUGUGCAACUUGUAAAAAUUAUCAAGAUUAUUGUUAAAGUUGUAUAGCUGGUUAUGCUUAUGAUGAAUAAUAUAAAACUUGUAAUCCUAUGAAGUAUGCCUGCCAUGAUAGCUGUGGUGAAUGUAGCAGAUUUGAUGAUCCUAAUGCAUGUAUUACUUGCAAAAGUGGAAUGUAUUUACAAUCUGGAAGAUGCUACUAAUGUAGUGAUAAAUGCUAAACUUGUGAAAGGGAAGCUGAUAUUUGUACAUCUUGCGAAAGGAAAUAAUUCUUACAAAACAAGUAAUGUCUAUAAUGUCACCCUUCAUGUUUAACUUGUUCAGGAAUCGCAACUAACUGUACUACUUGCAAUGAAGGAUUUUCAGUAGAUCCUAAAACAGGCCUUUGCGUAGAUAGUAAACCAACUUGUAAUAGUGAUGAGUAUUUGGACAGAAACUUUUAAUGUUAGAAAUGCACAAAUCCUUGUGCUUCUUGCUUUUACUACCCAAACAGAUGUUCUAGCUGCGUUUCUGGUUAUAAAUUGAAUUAAAAAACUCUGUAGUGUGAGUUUGAUUAUGUAACUUGUAAUGAUGGUUAAUACUUAGCUGAAAAUAAUCAAUGUAAACCUUGCGAUUCUUCUUGUGCCACAUGUGAAUAUUAGAGUACAAGAUGUACCAGCUGUAAAAAUGGUUUCACACUCUAAAGAAAUUCAUGCUAAUCAUAAAAAUGUCAAGAUGGAUCUUUCAGAAAUGGAUAAGGUCAAUGUUAGAGAUGUGAUGAAUCUUGCUCUAAAUGUGUAAACUUUUAAGAUAAUUGUACUGAAUGUAAUAAUGGAUAUGUUUUUGAUUAAAAAACCUAAAGAUGUAUUAAAAACUAAACAAGUUAAUAAUGUCAUCCUUCUUGCAAAGAAUGCAGCCAAGCAAAUAAUUCUUAAGCUUGUAAAUCUUGUUUUGAUGGUUUUUACAUAAAUAAUAGAGGAUAAUGUCUUCAGUGUGAAAAUUCUUGUUUGACUUGUAACAGAUUUUCAAACUUUUGUACUUCUUGUUAAUAAGAUUUCUAAUUAGAUAAAAAUUAUGGUAGGUGUAUUCCUGUUUGCAAAUCAGGUCAAUACCUAGACUAAUAAAGCAAUCAAUGCAAAGAUUGUGCAUCUCCAUGUGAAACUUGCUAAUUUUAUCCUACUUAAUGCACUAGUUGUAUUUCAGGAUAUAAACACAAUUAAGUUUCUUACACCUGUGAUAUUUUUUGUUCAUCUGGAUAAUAUAUUGAUAGAGGUUAAUAAUGCAAACCCUGCUCAUCUCCAUGUGCUACUUGUGAAUUCUAUGAUAAUAGAUGUUUGACAUGUGUUUCUGGCUACACUUUAAACAAUUUUAUGUGCCAAAAAAAUUCUAACUCUAACCUCAGAAGUUGUCACGAAUCUUGCAAUACAUGCACAAAAGCCAUGGAUCCUCGUUCAUGUGAUUCUUGUAGAGAAGGAUACGUCCUAGCGAAUGGGUCUUGUUAAAAAAAGAAAAAAUGAUUAAUAUUUUAUUUUAUUAAAUAAAAAAUAAACUAAAAUAUAUUAAGGUGUAUUUUUUAUAUUAUUUUGUUAUAUUAAAAUAUCAAUC